AUGCCCCGCCCUACCAUUGCCAUCGCCGGCCUCGCCUGCGAAACAUCCACGUUUACACCGUCGCGCACCGAUGCACCGGCUUUCCACCCACAGCGCGGACCCGACGCUGUGGGCAUCUACCGAUUCUUGGAUGCGGGCACACCGCUCGCGGCUGCGGCCGACUGGCGCGGCGCACUCAUAGGGCGGGCGCUGCCGGGCGGAAUGAUCAAGCGGGAUGCGUACGAGCUGCUGGCAGCAGAGAUUGUGGAGCGACUGCAGGCCAUUAUCAAGGACACCCAUCUGGACGGACUCUGGUUCGACAUCCACGGUGCCAUGGUGGUCGAGGGCCUGGACGACUCCGAAGCGGACCUGUUGCGGCGUGUGCGGGCUGUCGUCGGUCCCGACGUCGUGGUCUCCGCGUCCAUGGACCUGCACGGCAACGUGUCGCGCGAGCUCGUGCACAUGCUCGAUCUGAUUACGUGCUACCGAAAGGCGCCGCACGAGGACGAGCUGGACACUAAGGAGCGGGCGUGCCGCAACCUCGUCCAGACCCUCGUGGACCACCCCGGGCGCCGGCCCAUCAAGGCCUGGGUGCCUGUGCCCAUUCUGCUGCCGGGCGAGCAGACCUCCACACGCGACGAGCCGGCCAAGCACAUCUACGCAGCUGUCCCGGCCGUCGAGGAACUCUCGGGCGUGCUCGAUGCGGCCAUCUGGGUCGGCUACGCGUGGGCCGACGAGCCGCGCAACCGCGCCGCCGUGGUGGUGACGGGGUGGCACACGGAGGCCGUGGCCGCGGGCGCCGAGCGGCUGGCGCGGCUGUUCUGGAAGGCGCGUGCCGCGUUCCACUUUGUGGCGCCGACGGGCACGCUCGACGAAUGUCUCGACAAGGCGUUUGCCGCGCCGCCGGCCGCCAAACCGUUCUUUGUCUCGGACUCGGGGGACAACCCGACGGCCGGUGGAUCAGGCGACGUGACAUGGGGGCUCGCGCAGCUGAUGAAGCGAAAGGAAUUGACGCACAAGGACGAGGACGAGCGGCCGACUGUCAUCUACGCCAGCAUCCCAGGCCCCGAGGCGGUACGGACGGCCGUGGCCGCAGGCGUCGGCAGCUCCGUCACGGUUACGGCGGGCGCCGCCGUCGACGAUGUGCAUGCAGGACCCAUUACACUCACCGGCGAGGUCGUUGCCAUCAAGCACGGCGACAAGCAUGCACGGACCGAAAUCGUCCUGCGCCCAAAAGGUACAUUGCUCUUUGUCAUAAUUACGGAUCUGCGCAAGCCCUACCACCUGGAGCGCGAUUUCACAGACUUGGGCCUCAAGCCGCGCGAGGCGGACGUCGUCCUCGUCAAGAUUGGCUACCUCGAACCGCAGCUGUACGCCAUGGCGGCCGACUGGAUGCUGGCGCUGACGCCUGGCGGUGUCGACCAGGACUUGAAGCGGCUGGGCCAUACGCGCAUCAGGCGGCCCAUGUUUCCGUUUGAUGGGGAGUUUCGCACACCGCCCGACCUGUCGGCUCGGCUUAUUCCUCUGUCGACGGAACCCUUGGCAGGGCCGGACGAGUGA